AUGCUGCCAUCGCUAGCACCGUGGAGUUCAGCAUUUACCAGUGCAGUGGCUUCUGAAUUAGAGUCGGAGCCAUUUGUUCCAUUUUCAUUUUCCAAUGUAGGUGAACAUGGAAUCCCUCACACCCGAACUUGUGUAUUCAGGGGGUUCCUUUUCAACGAUACCAGAACUAAUGUUCUUCUAUUCACUUGUGACAAGAGAUCGGCAAAGUUUAAAGACCUCAUCAAAAAUUCCAAUUUUGAGGCAUGUUUUUAUUUUCAUAAGGCCCGCAAGCAAUUUAGAUUCAGUGGUGCGGCUAGGGUGAUAACAAAUGAAAGAUACCCCAUCAUAGAUUUGAGCAAUUUAUCUACGAUAUCGAAUUCUGAAGAUAAACUUUGUGAGUCAGAGAUCAAGUUAAACGAUGAUGAUCUUGUUGUGGAACAAGAAAACGAUUUUUACUCCAUUGGGCUUGGGAAAGUCGGAAUUGAUGAACCUUUAAUGUACAAAAUUGUAUCCCCUUCGCAGGCACAAAACAUGAAUGUGAGUACAUUAUCACUGGCUGACCUCAACAUACCGAUUCAUGCUCCGACUGAGGAGGAAUGGAAAGCGGAAAGACAGAGAUGUUGGAAUGAUCUCUCGAGAAGUCUUAAAAGAUCCUUCAAAAGACCUCCACCAGGGUCAUUGCUAACAAGCGAAAAGUAUACACUGCUGGAUUCUAUCAAUAGGGGUGUUGAUGGAACAUCAUCAGGCCAGGAGAACUUUGUUGUGGUCUGCAUGUUCGUGAAAGCUGUGGAUCUGGUGGAACUCACAGGGGGCGUUGAUAAACGCUACCUGUAUAAAAAAAGUUACGACAUCGAUGUUUGGAAGGAAUACGAGGUCUGCCCUUGA